AUGGCGGACGACUCUCAGCAUGAGCACACCUUCGACUCCGCCGAUGCCGGCGCCUCGGCCACGUUCCCCAUGCAGUGCUCUGCUCUGAGGAAGAACGGUCACGUCGUCAUCAAGGGCCGCCCCUGCAAGAUUGUCGACAUGUCGACCUCCAAGACUGGCAAGCACGGUCAUGCCAAGGUCCAUCUUGUUGCUAUUGACAUCUUCACUGGCAAGAAGCUCGAAGAUCUGUGCCCGUCCACCCACAACAUGGACGUCCCCAACGUCACCCGCCGCGAGUACCAGCUUUUGGACAUCUCCGACGAUGGCUACCUCUCCCUCAUGAGCGACGACGGUGAUACCAAGGAUGAUGUCAAGAUGCCCGACGGCGAGAUUGGCGAGAAGAUCAACAAGCUCUUCAAGGUCGAUGAGAAGGACACCAACGUCAUCAUUCUCACUGCCAUGGGCGAGGAGUGCGCUGUUGAGGCCAAGGAGGCCCCGCGUGCCGCCUAA